AUGGUGACCGGUGAGAGGCGAUCAAAUCUCAGGUUGCUCAGGACGUCACUGAUUCUGGACCAAGGCGACACACGCUCGACUCGCCAUGGAGACUGUCUCAAACUGUGUACUUACAACGCGAGAACAGUUUCCACAGACGCUGACCUGCAUGCCCUUCUCGGAGCUGCAGAGCGUAUCAAAUUCCACGUGACUGCUCUGCAGGAGAGCAAGUGCAGUAGGAGCGACGUACGACAGAUGAAUGACGGUACACUCGUCAUUCGUGGAGAGAAGGUUCCGUCGCGAAAUGUAGGCGGUGUUGGUUUUGUUGUGCACCCAUCUGUCGUCCAUCUUGUCGAUUCUCACGAGAUCCUGUCACCUCGUCUGGCCAUUCUUCGCCUCCGCCCUCUGCGCCAAAAACCCAUCAGUAUCAUCAACUGCUACUCACCAACAUCAGCAGCUGAUGAUUCGGGAUUGGACGCGUUUUACGAGGAGCUGGAGGAAGUAGUCCGCAACGAGAAGUCCUUCUACAAAUUCGUUGUCGGAGACUUCAACGCAAAACUAGGAAAGACCACAGAAGAGGAAUACAGGAUUGGAAGAUUUGGACUAGAGGACCGGAAUGAAAAUGGCAAUCGUCUCGCCGGGCUGUUGUCCGCCGCUCGCCUCUUUCAUGGGAACUCUCUUUUCAUGAAAAAAGAUCAUCGUCGGUGGACAUGGGAAUCGCCCGAUGGCGCGACUCGUGCAGAGAUCGACCACAUACUCACCAACCGGAGGUGGUGUCCACUUGACGUCUCAGUAGUACCAUCCUUUUGUAGCGGUUCUGAUCACCGUCUCCUUCGUGCGAAAAUACGACUUAGCCACACGAUGGAAAAGAACAUCUGCUAUCGGCAACGAAGGAGAAAAGAAGUCGUCUACGAAGAUUGCGUACUCGAGGACUCCUUGUCCCAAGGUGACUGGCACAUCGAGGAGGACCCAAACGUGGACUACGAGAUGCUGCUCAGAGGAUUACGAGCCUGUGCUGAGCGUGCCUCGAAGUCGCGCACGACAAACUUGGAUCGGAUUUCGAAAACCAUCAAGGAAUUGUUGGAAAGAAGAAGGGAUUUGAGGCUUGAUCAGAAUGCAUCGCACACUGAGCGGUUAGUAGCAAACACUGGCUGCAGAAAAGCGUUGCAGGAGGAUAUUUCGAAGUACAGGCAGAAGAAGAUUCUGGAAGCAGCACAAAGAAGAACGAGUCUAAAGAAGUGCCGCAGGGAUCUCCGCGAAUAUAAAAUUCCGCUAACAGCGAAGAUGGGACUCGCACGUCUUCUCGUCGUGAGAUAG